GAAUUUCCUCUCUUGCCAAGUGGCCAAGUGACGUGAAACCUUUUCGUUCUUCUCCUCCUGCAGCUACUUGCACAAAAUGAACAGGUCCACGACAAUGAUGACCGUUGCGAGCGUCGCAGUCGGCGGCAUCAUUGCUUAUGCUGUGUACUUCGACCAUAAGCGGAGAACCGACGCUACUUUCCGCAAACAGCUCCGGAAGGAAAAAAAGCGUGUCAAGAAGAGCCAGACACCGUCUGAAUCUGGUCAGCCCGCCGCUGGGGGAGUGAACGCAGAUGACUUGCGGAGUGCGCUGGAGAGCGUGCGUAAUGAAGAGGUGCCACCUGGGCCAGAAGAAAAGGAGCAAUAUUUCAUGAAGCAAGUUGGUAUGGGUGAGCAAUUGUGUGCACAAGGUCCCAACUACCACCUACCUGCCGCGAUGUGUUUCUAUCGCGCGUUGCGUGUGUAUCCAUCACCGGUGGAACUGAUUGUAAUUUACGAGAAGACCGUCCCACCGCCCGUCUUUCAACUUGUGAUGGAACUUACCAAUUUGGACGUCAAAGACCGAGUUGAAGGGUAUUAUUCGUUCUUCCCGCCGAAGGCGAUGAAUGUCGCAGUUGAGACUGUCGAUGUCCCUGACGGCAAGGGCGGGACUAUGUCGAAGAAAGUCCUUGUUGUCACAAAAGACUUCGAGGCCGGCGAAGUCAUCUACAAGGAAGAUCCAAUUGUGGCCGUCCUCGACGCUGAUCUUCAAGGCAAAGGCACACACUGUAGCUACUGCCUGCGCCACAUCGAAAAUGAUCCCAUCCGUCCAGAGUCUGAUCGUCUCAACAGCGUUUACUGCUCAUCCGACUGCCAGACCCAGCACAAAGCACACUCGCAGACUCUGCUCUUCACGCUCGAGUCGCCCCUACCCGCCGCCCUGGCGCCCGAAGUGGGAGGCACACUACGUGAGGCGCGGGACAACGCCCAGAAGGCAUUCGUCGAGUAUCUCGUAGAGACGAAAAGAGCCGCAUCGGAACUGGUGGCACGGUUCGUUGCGCGGCAGGUCAGCGCGGAGACAGCCAAGAUGUUGCCCCGCGGGAUAAUACCUGGCGUUGCUUCUGAGCCGGUGCUGACGGACGGUGGGGAGUACUCGCUGUAUGAUCACCUCGAGCGUCUAAGAUACCUCGAGGUGAAACCUGCAGACCGCGAGACUAGCGUGCUGAAGGAUGUGCUGCAGACGGCGCUCCCAGGACUUGAACAAUUCCUUACGGAAGAGCGACAUGCAACCUUUGUCGGGAAGAUGUCGUACAACUCCUAUGGGGUAUACUUUGGUGAGGGAAGGGAGGAUAAGCCGGAGACAGCUGCUCGCCCUGAGGACGUCGAGAAAACCCGCACGCCCUGCGGUACCUCCAAGCAGGUUGGUACGGGCUUUUACGCAGUGUCAUCCUACAUUUCACAUAACUGCGCGCCCUCCGCCAAGCCUUUCUUCCCAACUGGCACUGCACAACUGCAACUUACCGCCACCCGCGCACUUCAAAAAGGUGACGAAAUUUCCGUCGCGUACGUGGAUGUAUCGCAGCACUCUGGGGAGACACUCGAGGAAGCGCGUCGGCGUCGGCGCAUGGAGCUCGUGAGGGGAUGGCGAUUUGCAUGCUCCUGCAAGCGGUGUGCUGAGGAAGGUUUGGAAGAUGAGAGUGAGGAAGGAGGGGACGAGAGCCGGGUGGAGGAUGUUGUGACAAGGGCCGAGGGGUCAUGAAUGGAGAUGGCUAUGGAGAUUUCGAUUUAUUGGCUCGUUAAUGACUGCUGCAUGGACCCUCUUGUUUUUAUUCGUCUGACCAGUACUUGCAUGCAUAUCUCAUCCUCGCUCUGCAUCACCGGCUGCGAUAUUAUUCGGUCUCGCGUCGUGCUCUAUGACCCUUACAUCUGUCGCUUUGCUGUAUUUAUUGCUUUCAUUGUAGCUUGACCAUAUUCACUAGUGCUUGGGUGAAAUCGUCAACUUCAGUGUAAAAUGAGAUAACGAAUAAAACCUUCUCUACUACU